CAGCGGGCUCGCCAGACGCUCUCCAAGUUGGGCGCGUCCCAGCGCUCGGCGCCCCGCGCCGGGGCCGCGGGAGUCGGGAGGGAGGCGGGGCCGAUGGGGGGCGCCGAGGGGGCCGUCACCUGCGGCCGGAGCCCUUCGUAGGAGAACCCGGCUCAGCCUCCCCAGGGUCUCCGCGGCCGUCGCGCCCUCGGCCCCCUCGUGCGCUCUCCGAUGCCGGCGCGGCUGGUGGCCCCGGUGGCCCGCCCGCGGGGGGUGCCGGAGGGGGCGGGAGAGUAGGAGGAGGCAGUGUGAUGGCCCUGGACGGCGAGCGGGGGGAGCAAGAGGAGGAGAAGAAAAAGAAGAAGAAGAAAAAGAAGAGGAAGAAGAAGAAGGAGGAGGAAAAGGAGGAGGAGGAGGAGGAGGAGGGGGCUGAGAAGCGCUGCUCACCUUUCGCGGCCAGGAUGGGCGAGAACGACUCGGCACUCCGGGCGGGCGGCAGGGGGCUCUCGGACCCGUGGGCAGACUCCGUCGGGGUGCGACCCCGGACCACCGAGCGCCAUAUCACGGUGCACAAGCGACUCGUGCUGGCCUUCGCCGUGUCCAUCGUGGCGCUGCUCGCGGUCACCAUGCUCGCCGUCCUGCUCAGCUUGCGCUUCGACGAGUGCGGCACGAGUACAGCGCCGGGCGCCGACGGCGGCCCCGCUGGCUUCCCCGCGCGUGGCGGCAACGGCAGCUUCCCGGGCUCGGCCCCGCGCAACCACCCCGCUGGCGUGGACCCUCCGGCGCCCGGGGCGGGCGGGGAGGCCACCCCGGGGACCCCGUCCGCCCCGCCGCCGUCGGAAGAGGAGAGGGAGCAGCCCUGGAAGCACCUGCGCCUGUCCGGCCACCUCAAACCACUGCACUACAAUCUGAUGCUCACCGCGUUCAUGGAGAACUUCACCUUCUCGGGGGAGGUCAACGUGGAGAUCGCGUGCAGGAAUGCCACCCGCUAUGUCGUGCUGCACGCUUCCCGGGUGGCGGUGGAGAAGGUGCAGGUGGCCGAGGACCGGGUGGCCGGGGCUGUCCCAGUGGCCGGCUUUUUCCUCUACCCACAAACCCAGGUUUUGGUGGUGGUGUUGAAUAGAACCCUGGACGCGCACAGGAAUUACAACUUGAAGAUCAUCUACAACGCCCUGAUCGAGAACGAACUCUUGGGCUUCUUCCGCAGCUCCUACGUGCUCCACGGGGAGAGAAGAUUCCUUGGUGUGACUCAAUUUUCACCUAUACAUGCCAGAAAGGCAUUUCCUUGUUUUGAUGAACCCAUCUACAAGGCUACUUUCAAAAUCAGCAUCAAGCAUCAAGCAACCUAUUUGUCUUUAUCCAAUAUGCCAGUGGAAACUUCUGUGUUUGAGGAAGAUGGAUGGGUUACAGAUCACUUUUCACAGACCCCUCUCAUGUCUACAUAUUAUUUAGCCUGGGCAAUUUGCAACUUCACAUUCAGAGAAACCAUCACCAAGAGUGGGGUUAUAGUACGAUUAUAUGCCAGACCUGAUGCUAUCAGAAGAGGAUCUGGGGACUAUGCUCUUCAUAUCACAAAGAGAUUAAUAGAAUUUUAUGAAGACUACUUUCAAGUGCCCUAUUCCUUGCCAAAACUAGAUCUUUUAGCUGUGCCUAAGCAUCCGUACGCUGCUAUGGAGAACUGGGGACUAAGUAUUUUUGUUGAACAAAGAAUACUGCUGGAUCCCAGUGUUUCAUCUAUUUCUUAUUUGCUGGAUGUCACCAUGGUCAUUGUUCAUGAGAUAUGUCACCAGUGGUUUGGUGACCUUGUGACUCCUGUGUGGUGGGAAGAUGUGUGGCUGAAGGAAGGUUUUGCUCACUACUUUGAGUUUGUUGGUACAGACUACCUCUAUCCUGGCUGGAACAUGGAAAAACAAAGAUUUCUGACAGAUGUUCUGCAUGAAGUGAUGCUGCUUGAUGGCUUGGCCAGUUCCCAUCCAGUAUCACAGGAAGUGCUACGGGCAACAGAUAUUGACAGGGUGUUUGACUGGAUCGCAUACAAAAAGGGUGCUGCUUUAAUUAGAAUGCUGGCUAAUUUUAUGGGCCAUUCAGUAUUUCAGAGAGGUUUGCAAGAUUAUUUAACUAUUCAUAAGUAUGGCAAUGCAGCUAGAAAUGAUCUCUGGAAUACACUCUCAGAGGCUUUAAAAAGGAAUGGAAAAUAUGUAAAUAUACAAGAAGUAAUGGAUCAGUGGACACUCCAGAUGGGUUAUCCUGUUAUCACCAUCUUGGCAAAUACAACAGCAGAAAAUAGAAUAAUAAUUACGCAACAGCAUUUUAUUUAUGACAUUAGUGGUAAAACUAAAUCACUUACACUUCAAAAUAACAGUUACCUGUGGCAGAUUCCAUUAACUGUUGUGGUAGGAAAUAGAAGCCAUGUGUCUUCAGAAGCUAUUAUUUGGGUGUCUAACAAAUCAGAGCACCAUAGGAUAACUUCUUUCAAUAAAGGAAGCUGGUUGCUGGGGAAUAUCAAUCAAACUGGUUACUUUAGAGUCAACUAUGAUUUAAGGAAUUGGAGAUUAUUAAUUGAGCAAUUAAUCAGGAAUCAUGAGGUUCUCUCUGUCAGUAAUCGAGCAGGUUUGAUUGAUGAUGCCUUCAGUCUAGCCAGAGCUGGCUAUUUGCCUCAGAAUAUUCCUCUGGAGAUUAUCAAAUACCUGUCUGAGGAGAAGGAUUUUCUUCCUUGGCAUGCUGCCAGCAGAGCCCUUUAUCCUCUAGAUAAAUUACUGGACCGCAUGGAGAAAUACAAUGUCUUCAAUGAAUACAUUUUAAAGCAAGUUGCAACAACAUAUAUCAAGCUUGGAUGGCCAAGAAACAAUUUUAAUGGAUCUCUUGUUCAAGCAUCCUACCAACAUGAAGAACUUCGCAGGGAAGUUAUAAUGUUGGCAUGCAGUUUCGGCAAUAAGCACUGUCACCAACAGGCCUCAACACUUAUUUCAGAUUGGAUUUCCAGCAACAGGAACAGAAUCCCGCUAAACGUGAGAGACAUCGUUUACUGUACAGGAGUUUCAUUACUAGAUGAGGAUGUCUGGGAAUUCAUAUGGAUGAAAUUCCACUCUACCACAGCAGUUUCUGAAAAGAAAAUAUUAUUGGAAGCCUUAACAUGCAGUGAUGACAGGAACUUAUUAAACAGACUUCUGAAUCUAUCGCUGAAUUCUGAAGUGGUGCUGGAUCAAGAUGCGAUUGAUGUGAUUAUACAUGUAGCUAGAAAUCCACAUGGCCGAGAUCUUGCCUGGAAGUUUUUCAGAGAAAAAUGGAAGAUACUAAAUACCAGGUAUGGAGAGGCAUUAUUUAUGAAUUCAAAACUUAUCAGUGGAGUUACAGAAUUUCUUAAUACUGAAGGAGAACUCAAAGAGCUCAAGAACUUCAUGAAGAACUAUGACGGAGUAGCUGCUGCCUCUUUCUCGAGAGCUGUAGAGACUGUGGAAGCAAAUGUACGCUGGAAAAUGCUUUAUCAAGAUGAGCUUUUCCAAUGGUUAGAGAAAGCUCUGAGACAUUGAUAUGUUUCUCUAAUAAACUGUGCAUCGCAGAGUUUUGUAAGGUCUGCUAUAUGUGGAAUGAGGAGAUGUAUUAUGUGGGAAAUGACUGGAUUUGUUAACACGUGGGAGGAAUUUGCUUUUUUCAAUUUUUGCUUUGGGGGGAUUUGUGUUGUUUCAUUCAUUCUGUUUUGUUUCUCUACUGGGUGUGCUUCUUUAAGGAAACUCUUGCAAGUUUAACUAGCCAUGAUUGCUUCAGUUGUACAUUUCGAGCUGUACAGGACCAAAUAUGAUUGUGGUGCAUGUCAAUGUUGUUGUCAGUUUGGAAACAAAUUCAGAAUAUUUUUGUGCAUGGUUGUAUGGUCCUGCUUGUGUUCCAGCAUGCUUACUAAAAAUGUCCAAUGUUAUAUGUGAAUAUCUAUGUUACAUCCAGAAUGGGCAUUAUGCAAAAGCACAAAGACUCUAUAUGACAAUCAGUGUUGUGAUGAAAGAAAAACUUUCAAAAAUGAUAUUCUUAUUUCUGGGCAAUAUGAGAAGUAAAGAAUAGCCCUUUAUUUGAUCAGUCUCACUUAUUCCAGCACUUGGAUUGUCUUGCAAUGACUUCUGUGUUGCUAACUCAUUUUCUUUGAGUUAAAGUUGUGUAUACAUUUAAGAACACAUAUAGUGUAUGCAUAUGUAUAUGUACAUAAGGAAGCUCCAUAUGUAUGUAGGACGUUAUACACUACAUAUGUGCAAAGAAUUUCUCCGAAUCAAAGAAAAUCUACUCUGUUUUAUAAACUUGCAAAUCUUGAAAAUGCUGAAAAGAGUUUAUUUCAACA